ACGAAUGUAUGUGGAAUACAAACGAACGAAUUGUUUCUUAUGAAGUGUUUAGUACGUAUGUAGGGCGGGGAGAUUUUAUUUCGAUACGUGCUUAAUUUCGAGUAUAUGAAAAACUUUUAGAUACAUUAUUGUGAAUACGCUUCAGUCAAUUCAAUUAAUCAUCUGGAAGUUUGUGUUAAUGUAAUGAAAGUGCAUGUGAAAGUGGUAUGUACAUGUAGAUUCUAAAAUGUAAACAAUACCCACUAUAUAGUCUCUACUUAGUAUUGUUUUCAAUAUUCAGAAAAUAUUGAACAUAUUCUGAUUAUUAUUAUUUUAAUGUAUUCUAUAACCAAGAUAUACGUGAACAGUGGAAUGUGUAAUCUUUUUGUUUACAAAAUACAUCUAUGCCAAUCAAAUAACUAAGAUGGAAGGAUGUUAGAUGUGUAAUAAAACAAUGUAUGUUCUCUAAAGGUGUUGGAUAAGAUGUAAAAGAGCCUAAGCGAAAUCCAUGAUGCGUUCUGUGUCAACCAAACCGGAUAUCAAAUUAUUGAAAACGACGAAAAAACUGCAAGCUUCGAAGAAAAAUCACAUUUCUGAUCUUCGAACCCCUAUACGCGAUACUAUAUCAGAAACUAUAUCUUUCGUAAUCAAAGGAAAACUAACACCCAUAAAACCUUUCUUAUUAGAUAAGAGAAAUGAUUUGACAGUUAAGAAAAAUGUUACUAAAAUUCCGAAAGUUUUAAAGAAAUCUGAGGAUAAUCUCCUAUAUUUAAGAAAACUGAAAGAGAAAAAUGUGAAACUUGAUUCCAAAGUUCAAGCAAAAACUUGCAAAAAAUUAAGUGCCGAGAGUAGUUGUAAAAAGAAGUUUGACAAAUCGCCAGCUAAAACAAUUUCUCCAAAUAAAGUGAAACUUGUAAAUUUAUCAAAAUUAGCUAAGAAGAAUCGUGAUCUAAAUGAGAAACCAAAGAAAAAUGUAAAAUCUGUAGUUACGACAAAAUCAGCAAAAUGUAUUCCUAACAAACCAAGUAAAAACUUGCCUUUAAAAGCAAACACUUCAGAAGAAAUUUCAGAAGCUGCAACUUUAAUCGAUGAGGAUGAAAUUAAAAAACAGCAAACAAUUGAACAGUUAUUGAAACAAGUCAAUGAGGAAAUUAAAUCAAAGGAAAGUCGAAUUUCAAAAAAGUCAAAUAAAAUGAAAAAACGGAAAAAAGUUGUUGGUGGUACAAUUGAAGAAAAAGUACCAGCUAAACCUGUGCAAAAUCCGGCUUCAGAUUUAGCAAAUAUUAUAAAACCGGAAGUAAUUGAAUCAACUGAAAAUUCUGAAAUAAAAAUUGACAACGAACAAUCUAAAAUACCUGAAGAUACUAAAAAUGAAACUGUGUCGAAUAAAGAAGUCGAUUUAGAAAGUAAAGAAAUAAAAGCUGAAUUGCUGGUCGAAGAAAGAGAACAGACAUUAAAGAAGAAAAAAUAUGUAAAAUUAAAAUCAAAACCAAAGAUAACGGUUAUUAAAAAGAGGGUAUCUUCCAAAAGCAAAAGUAGAGCAGACGAUCAAAUUUGCAAAACAAAACUUUUUAAAUUUUGGAACGGCCCAAAAAGACACAGAGUCGCUUCCCUAAACGCUUUAGCAAAAGUUCAUUGUCUUUACGAGAAUGAAACAAGAGCAACUAUUUUAGACGUAAUCGACGAAUCAAAUAAAACAGCUUAUAAUCCUAAAAGAGAUACAUCAAAAAAUAAAUCCAAUAAACUUGAGCAAGUUGUUAAAAAUGAAGAUCUUAGCGAAGAUAGUUCGCCUCCUCCCACUAGAAUAUUGCGAUCGGUGCCCGGGUUGAGAGCUAUUGGAAAACAUUGGGACAUGCACGAUACAACUAGUUCAGAUGAGGAAGAUGACGUUAAUUACACCGUUAAAUCACCUACUCCCGAAAAAGUGUCACAGCCCAAAGUUAAAAUAAAAAAAGAAGUCGUUGAAAGAAAACGGAGAAGCAACGAAAUAGUUAUGGAUCUGAAAGACAUGGUUGUUCGUAAAAGAAUGGCCAGUCUAAACGCGAGCGCGAUUUUAGCCGCUAGUUAUUCCGCGGAAAAAAGACACAACAGAUCGAAAUAUUCAAACGAUGACACUUCUUCUUGCUCCAGCCAUUCUUCCGAAGAAUAUUUCGCGGCUUUAGAUAAAGACAUUAAAAUAGAAGAGGAAGAUAAAAAAGAAGACGAACCGGAAUUGAUUGAAGUGCGUGCGACCCCGAAUAAAAAAGUGGCGGUUAUUUUAAAUCAAGAUACUGACGUGACUAUUACCGGUGUUUACGUGAACAGUACUACUAGAUCUACCCAUCACGAAGGGUACUGCAGUAUAGCGGGCAUGCAGUAUAGAAUUUCUGCUACUAGUCAUACGCAGACAGCUGCAACAGCCGUUUCUACAGAAGCUCUUCUACAAUCUUCUUCCAACAGUGUACCAGAUAAUAGUAAUAGUGAUUCCAUGCCAUCUUCUAAAUCAUAUACUCCGCUCGAUGCAUUAUCAAAUAUGCAACCUCCGCCGGGACCUGGAUUACAGCACAAUCAUCCAGUUUUACAUGGACAACAACAUAUGGGACCGCCACAACAUGUCAUCGGAAUGCCUCCUCAUCAGUUAUCACCAGGCCUUCGCCAUAGUUGCUCCAGUGCGUUUUCCUCGCCGCAUUCAACACCUAGUUACCAAACACCUCCCAGUCACCAUCCUCCUAUUCAAGGUGAUGCAGGAUACGUUCACGCUGGAUACUAUCAGCCGGCAGGUCCAUUGAUAACUGUUCCACCUCCACACGGACAUAGUCAACCACCACAUCCACCUCUGCCACCUCUUACUAAAACUAUUCCUCCUCCCCCGGAAACUUCUCCAUCAUCGUCCACAACUCCUUCUGUUAUACCCCACGACGGACCUCCACCGCCACCAAGUUCUGCUGGAGAUUCAUCCGAUAGUGAGGUGAUAAUUACAUCGGUAACAACAGCAAAGGAUCCAGUACCGCCCCCAUCACAUCCUCCAGCAGCUUAUAGAUACCAGUACCCAGGCUAUUCAUAUUCGUAUCCACCUCAUUCUUAUCCAUAUCCCACUCCUCCCAAUCCACCUUAUUCACAUCACGAUAUGUGCUAUUCGCCGAAUCCAUACGUUCACAAAUAUCCUAUUAGAAGGUAUUUGACUACGCAGUACUACCCGCCACCCAAUCCGUCGGAUAUUUAUCCGGUGCCGCCAAGUGGACCUUCACAACCCAGUCAGCAGGUGGUAACUGCACCUCCAGCAUCUGCCAACGCAACAACAUAUUCAGCUGCACCACCAACGUUGUUAGAAACAUAUGCGUCUCCUCAACCUGCUCUAGUAGAGGGUUAUCAACCGCCGCCGCCUUCACAUUAUUACCCUCCUCCAGCUGCAUUUGGGCCUCCAGCGCCCACUUGUUAUUCGCACCCUUCUUCCAGAGCGAUUCCAUAUAUUAAUGCAUAUCAAAGUAGCUGUCCCUGUCCAAUGCAAUCGUGUCCAAAAAACGUACAUACUGGACCUCUUACUGGUGAUUGUAAGAGGUCUAAUAUUUCAAACGAAUCGAUGCCUUUACCGCCAGUAGCUUUGGCACUUCCUCUUGAACCCGCAAGUGCAACGGGUCCUCCUAGUCCUGCAAGAGGGUCAGCUGGCAUGCCACCUCCACCAUCACCAGCCGGUGCGACUUAUCAAGCUCCACCACCGGUUCCGACGAAACAGGAAUCCGAUUUAGUUAAUAAUCAAGAACAGUGUAAAACAGAGAAGAAAAGGAAAGCUCGAAUUGGAAAAGCAAUGGUAAGAAACAAUAUAGCAGCCAACUUACAGCAAAACACCAUGUUAUUGAUGUGUGGCAAUUCACAAGAUUUCGUUAAACGGGAAAUUGAGAGUCCUCAAGAACAGGUAGCAGAAGAAAAAAGAGAAAUCACCGAUGGCGAAGGAAAGAAGUUCUUAGAGAAUUUGCAACAUCCGUGCACGAAGAUUGAAGAAAUGAAACAAGAAGAAUCUCAGCCUGAAAUAUCGGUACAACCGAAAGAAGAAACAAUAAUAGAAGAACCUCAGAAAGAUCCACUAAAUCCGCUUCCUCCCGUUAUUAAUACAGUGGCAGAGAAUGUUAAAGUCAAAAACAUGAAACGAAAACUAUCCAUGCUUUCAGAAAAAGAACCUAGCCCAGAAGUGGUACCAGUGGAGAAGAAACAAAAAUGUGGGUCCUACAAAUUACUAAUUAAGAAAGAAACAAAUACUGUCAGAAUUAAUAACGGUAAACGGAAACUUCUAGGAGAAAUGUCUCAGCUAUCUAAAGCUAGAGAAACAAAAUUAAAGUUAAGAAAGCGAACGAAUAAAACUCUUAACAAUGGGAACACAAUUAAGCGACAAAAAUUCUCAAAAUUAACACAAACAAAUAAUUCGAACUGUAAAUCAGGAUUUCAUCCUUCUACUAAAACCAAAGAAAAGAAAUUGUUGUCGGUUAACAAAGUCAAUUCUAAAUCCAUAUCCGCGCCGGAAGAUAAAACGCUCGCGAAAAAUAAUAUAGAACGAACCAUAGAAAGUGUAAUUAGUGUCGUUUGCUUAAGGACACGCGAAGAAAAUACCGCUAAAACCGAAAAGUGCGGUAAACAACAAACGAACAAACCGGUGAUAAACAAAAAAAGUACAAAUAAAGGUGUGGUAUCUAAAAAAUUCAAGACCAACUCCAAGAAAACGGAAAUAACCAGAAGAAAAUCAAAAUGCAGUGAAAUUGCAGUAACACCUAUCAAGAAACCAUUAAACGUACCAAAAUGGUCAAACGGAUGGACGUGGGAAGGAGAACCGUUCGAAGCUAAAGUAUUUUUAAAUAGUGAUGAACUAACGAUAUUAAGAAGAUGUUAUCCAGCAAUGAGACAUGAAGGUGGUGACAAAAUUGCUCCCAAAGACUGUGUCCUUCUUAAGGCAGGACCAAGAAAAAAUGAUCUUCCGUUUGUAGCAAAAAUCGCUGCACUCUGGGAAAAUCCUGAAGAUGGUGAAAUGAUGAUGUCGUUAUUGUGGUAUUAUCGUCCUGAGCACACGGAACAAGGAAGGCUACCAAUUGAUCAGCCAGAUGAAGUUUUUGCUUCCAGGCAUAAAGAUUCAAACAGUGUUGCAUGUAUUGAUGAUAAAUGUUAUGUACUCACAUUCAACGAGUACUGCAGAUACCGCAAAACGUACAAACGCAUUGAAUCGGGGAUAGAAGAAUCAUUGCCCUGUAUCCCUAAUCCUGAACCAUAUCCUAGAUAUCACAUGCAACCUCCCAUGACCUUAGUAUCUCCAGAAAUGGUUUUCUUUUGUCGCCGUGUGUACGAUUUCAGGCAAAAGCGCAUGGUGAAAAAUCCUACUUAAUUUUAUGAUCCGGUUAUAUUUGUUAAUAAUUUUUAUUGUAUGUUAUUUGUGUUUAUCAUUUGAGGUAGUCUUGAUACCUUGGAUUCUAUUUAUUAUUCAAAUAAUCAAAAUAAAGAAAGACUAUAUAGGGUUCUGAAAAAGUCACAAAUUCAUAUUAACCGAAACCCGAAACACAUAUUUAUUCAUCUAAAUUUGAUACCUACAUAUAUACAUAUUGUUGCAAAAAAAGUAAAGGGAACAUUUGUAUAAAUAAAUUAUUAAUAAUGUUGUAUAGAGUAUAGAGAUUAUAUAUAUUUAACAUAUUUAUAGUCAAUAGUUUACGCAGGUAUAAAUGGUGUGUGCUUUCAUAGUAGUAGUUGUGUUUUUCUUUUUUCAGUGUCGUAUCAUACAUACUUUCUAAUUGUCUGUAAAGACAUUUGCUUUAUGGUUAUUGCACAGUACAGUGGGAUAGGAAAAUGAACUAUUUUCAAUAAAUUAGUAUUAACUACAUUCCAUCUUAGUUCCAAGAACCAAUUAUUUUCACAUAUAUGUAUAAUGUGGUAUAUUCAGAACUGUUUAAUAAUGAUACCUGAUGUGGAUCGCGCAAUAUUUACAAUGAAAUUGAAUAAUUUGAUGUGGAAUUAUUUCAUAAAAAUACUAUUCAAUUCUAUAACAGACAAUGGUAAAUCCAAUAUUACAAAGCUUACUGAAAUUCAAGAGAUUUAUUGAAAAGAAAAUCCUUCAAUCGAAAACGACUUGAAUCCUUCAUGGAUAGAAUAAAUAACAAAACGAAAGUUAAAAAAAUACAAAGAUGCCAGAAAUGAGCCAUCCUCGAUAAAUCUGCUACAUUGAAAAAGAUAAAGUUGAAGAAAUAAGAAUUAGUGAGAAUGUCCUUGUACUGGGCCAAAUAAGUGUGAAACCGCUUAACUUACGACCUUUCGGUAAAAAUUAUUGUUAUGUAAGAGGUCCAGUGAAAUUACUGGAAAUUAUUUUCAGAUUUUUUAAAUAUUAACUAGCGGCCGUAACAAUAAUAAGAAUUAGUUUUUCCUAAAAUUUGCUGUAAAAAGUAUACUGAAAAGCCAAAUAAAUAUCAGAUCAAUAAGGAGUAGCUUUAGUAGUAGCAUUACUUACAUUACAUUACGUUACUUAUUUAGCUACUUGGUACAUUCCUUAUUCACUUAUUUUAUUCAUUGAGUCUUUGCUUUUAUAUAAAUAUGAAAAACUGCAGAAUAUGAUUUUCCGAAAAAGUGAUUAAAAAUACUAUUAAUCUCAUAUAAAACUGAUAAUGCUUUGCAUGGAAUGCACACACAUUUUUCGUUUAAUGAUCUAGAUAGUCAUUGAAAAAGGUGUCUUGAAUUAUAAAACGAAAUAAAAAUCAAAAUCUACGUUUUAGAAUAUUUAUUCAUAGAUCAAAAAAUGCAGCAUUUCAAAAGUGUCAAUGUGUUUCAUCAGUCACAUUUGAACCAAUUCUUUCUCUCCUAGAAUAUUAAUUCUAGGAGGUUUGUUGUUGAGAGUUAUUUGGACAAUUACAGUGUAGCAACAUACAGCAUACAGUCAUGUAAUGCACUUUUGCGGUGUGAAUGGUUGUUAUAUUUAUAGCCGCAUAUGUCUUGAUCGAAAUCUCAAAUCUAUAUUUGUUAUAUAGGAUUAAAAGAGUUCGGCGUAAAAUUUCUGGAUUAUAAGUUUAAAACUCACACUUGCCUAGUUUAUAAAAUCAAACCAAAUAUUUAAAAUAUUAAAUUAGAUAUUAUUGUUUACACCAAUAAUCACAAUAACACUGCUUAAAACGCGUGUGAUAAUUUAUCGAAUUUAGAUUCUGAAGGCAAACUUCUUGAUGCGUGAUCGAAACCUGUUUCAAACAGUGCAAAUGUGAGUAUAGGUGUAGUAGGAGUAAACAGUAUGAAAUCACUGAAAAUUGCCCAAAUUCUUAUCAGAUGAGACAUCAGAAAUCCUUAAUCUUUUAAUUCAAUGUUAUAAACAAUUUUGCUCUCCCAUUGUACCAUGUGCUAUAAUCCAAUUUGAUAUGUUUAUAAAAGAGCACAUCUCCAUUUUAUAAAAUAUUGAAUAAUUUGCUAAAAUAUUGUACCUGUAUGACCAGUACACUAGUUUUAUAAAAGUAUUAUGGUUAUGUGCUCUUUUUCUACUGAAAGCUUUAGUGAUCCAAUUAUUUACUACUUCAUUCACAUUCUUUUACCAAACAAGAGUAGAAGUUCCCAGAAUAACAAUAGAUCUUUUGAACAAAUAUUUAUUUUGGUAAAACUACCUAGUUAUAGUAUCUUGUCACAUUUGAAAAAAAAACAGAUUUUUUGUACUCUUAUUAGUAUUGUAGUAUUAUGUUUUUGGUAAUAUAUUUUUGUUUGAAAA